AGUGGACAGUACCAGCUGGCAAUGAGAACCAGUACAACCGCGUGGGGUCCCACCUCACUUUCCAUCACGCCCAUCCAUUGGACGAAUCGACAGCCAGCCACGUGACAGGUAAAAAUAAUCUUGACACGUGCCACAAGAAUGGAUUGUCUCACGGGACCACUUUGUCCCGCUUCGUAGACCCCAGUCAGGUGAAACCCUCCCUCUCUCUCUCUUACAAGUCACGACAAAUUUGAACUCGUAAUACAAAAUUACUGUCGUAAAAGACAAAUUCGUAUUCCGAAAUUACCCCCUUGUCCCCUGGAAUUGCAGGGCCUGUUGGUAAUUUCAACGAAAAAUAAAGUCUCAGAGAAAACAGAGUGCCUUAUCCAUUUUGUAAUCUAACCUUUAUAAAUAGUGGAUGACUCAUUCACAUUUUUCAAACCAAACUGAAAAUCUAACCUAUCAGAAGAAGAAAAGACGCAGAGAAGAAGGGAAGAGAGAACCCUGAUGGCAACUAGCAAGAGUUACCAUUCCCGACCUAGCUACCGAUUCCUCCCCACUGACUCACCUUAUAUAGCGACGGCAACCGAGUCGUCAUCAUUCGAACUCGACGAGUCAGACUUCUACAAUAACUCGGACCACUCGCCCGAUUUCCCCCGCAAGCCCACCGUUUCAAGUUCCCGGAUGAACAAAAAAGCAACCAAGUGCUCAAGUACUACCGGCGGUGCCGCAGCUUCCUUGCCGGUUAAUAUACCUGACUGGUCCCAGAUAUUGAAGGAUGAAUACAGGGACAAUCGGAGGGCGGAUAGCGACGACGAUGACUUGCACGGCGAGGGAAGCGUGAGAGUUCCACCGCACGAGUUUUUGGCGAGGCAGAUGGCUAGAACGAGAAUCGUUUCGUUUUCGGUUCACGAAGGUGUGGGGAGGACUUUAAAAGGAGGCGAUCUUACAAGGUUGCGAAAUGCGGUUUGGGAAAAAACUGGAUUCCAAGAUUGAAAAUUAUUAGAUCAACAAAUCCUUUAAAAAAACAUAGCAUCUGAGUCAGGCCUGGGGAGUCGUAGUGAAAUGAUUUAUUACCUGAUAUAUAUUUUUAUUUUUUAAAUAGUAGUUUUUUUAAUUACUAAAUGUGGUAACCGAUCAUUUUAACGCGUGUAAUCUUCUGAUGUGCAGAUUGUAUCCGAAAUUGUAGAGGGACUUUAAUUAUAUUAAAUUUUUGUC